GCGUGCGCCGGGAUAAAAGCGAGGCCCAGUUGGCGCGUGGUCAGUACCGGGACGGGGCGGUGCAGCGAGCGGCUGCAUGGCGCAGGGCGGAGUGCGGCGGACAGCGGCCCUGGGUCUGGCGCUGCGGCUGCUGCUCGGCUUCGGGCUGGGCAUGGAGGCCGCCCCGACCCCGGUCCCCAUCCAGUUCUUGGCCCAGGCCCCAGGCUCGUGCCCGCCCACCAGCUUCCAGUGCCGGACCAGUGGCUUCUGUGUGCCCCUCACGAUGCGCUGCGACGGUGACAAGGACUGCCCGGACGGCAGCGAUGAGGAGGAGUGCCGGAACAAGCCUUGUGCCCAGGACGGAGAGUGCCAGCCACCCACUGGCAGCCCCUGCCCUUGUGACAAUAUCGAUGACUGCCCAGAUGGCAUCGUCGAGAAUGUUCACAACUGCAGUUACCAGCCCUGCCCGGCGGGGGAGCUCCGCUGCCUGCUAGGCGGUGCCUGCAUCCCACACACCUGGCUCUGCGAUGGCCAUCCCGACUGUCCCGCCUCCAGUGACGAGCUUGGCUGUGGAACUGAGACCCUCAAGGAAGGGACUGACAUGUCCACAGGGACACCUGUGACCCCGCACAGUGUCACCUCUCUCAAGAAUGCCACAGCCACCCCCGUUGGGGACCAGGACUCCGUCCAGUCUGGAUACCGGAGUGCUUGUGGGGUUAUCGCAGCUGCGGUGGUGCUCAGUGCCGGUGUGGCUGCCAUCUCCCUGUUCGUGCUGUCCCGGCUCUGUGUGCGGGGGCGCCUGCACCCGCUGGGGCUGCUGACGGUCGUGAAGGAGUCCCUGCUGCUGUCAGACAGGAAGACCUCGCUCUUCUGAGGACGGGCUCUUGCUACCACAGCUCCUGGUCCCUGCGCGGGGGCAGCUAUGGGGACGUGUACCUCAGCAGCAGCACACGGCUGCUGGCGCACCAGCCCUCAGACGUGGGUCCUUCCGGCCAGGCAGCACCAUGGACCUGAGCUCCUGUCGCUGGCCCCGGAGAGAUUGGGGGUGCUGGGACCCUCCCCCAGGAUGCAGGGAGCCUGGUUGGGGAGUACAUCACAGCUGGAAUUGAGGGGCUGGUCCCAGGCUGCUUCUGGGGGCAGCCCCACAUGUAGGCACUCCUGCUGCCCCCAUCUGAAGGUGCUGAUUAAAGUUACUUCACAUCUUC